ACAGAUUUACUCAGAUACAGAGAAACUGCAGGAUUCUUUGCCUAAUGGGUGGAUUUUUGUUUCAGUCAAGGCUUUGUGCCUUCAGUGCCUUGGUUUUACAGAGUACUGUGGUGCUUCUUUUGUUGACUCAAUCUAAUGAAGUUGACUCUCAGGGGGUGGGACCGUCUCAGACCAUAACAGCAUUAGUUGGUGAGGAUGUGGUCCUACCAUGCCACCUUGAACCUGCAGUGGAUGCUACUUCUGAGAGUGUGGAGUGGGCGAGACAUGACCUUGAGCCCAGAUUUGUCCACGUGUGGCAUGAUAGCCUAGACCUUUUGGAGAACCAGAACCCGUCUUACAAAGGAAGAACGUCAUUAUCUGCUGAUAACCUGAAGCGUGGCGACCUCUCACUGAAACUGUCUGCAGUCAAACUCUCUGAUAACGGCGUGUAUACGUGCUUCUUUCCAUCACAGUAUAAAGAGUUUACUGUCCAGCUUGUUGUUGGGUCUUUCUCCUCCCCUGUCAUUAAUGGUAUCUACAGAGGCUCUGAUGGACUGGAUCUUCAGUGUGAGUCUAAAGGCUGGUACCCAGAGCCUGAGGUCUCAUGGCUGGAUGGAGAGGGAAACAUCAUCUCUACUGCUCAGACAAAGACAGUCAGAGGUCCUGAUGAUCUCUUCACUGUCAGCAGCAGAGUGACUGUAGAGAAAACUAACGGUAACAUCUUCACCUGCAGAGUCCAACAGAAGGACAUCAACCAGACCAGAGAGACCAGUAUUUAUGUGUCAGCUGACAUCUUUGAAGCCUCUUCCUCUGCUGCUGUCCGUGUCAGCAUCAUGGCGGUUAUUCUGCUCGGUUUUGUUGCUGUAGCUGCUUUUGUUUUUUGGAAAUUUAUUUUUAAAGCAAAGAAGCAUCAGGAUGCUGAAAUGGAACAGAGAGAGCUGCUCAUGAUAGAAGAAAAGAAGAGGGAGGAUUUGGAGGAGAAAAAGAAAACACUGGAAGAAGACUUGAAGAAGAAAGAGGAAGAGCAGAGAGACUUGGAGGAGAAGGUUCAUAAACUGACUGAUCAAUGCAAAGAACUGAAGAACCAGGCAGAUCAGCUCAAACAUCACAGAGAGGACAUGGAGAGAACCUCUAAAGAUAUUGAGGAGAAGUUUAAGUCAGCAGAGACGAUAGCAGAACGUGACAAAGCUGAGGGAUACUUGGAAAUGAAAGCUGUUGCAUUAACAACACAAAAUAUAUAUAUAUAUAAAAAACACACUUCUGCUGUAUAUGGGUAAUGUUUCAGGUUUAUGGAUAAGUUAAAGCUUCAAACCUUUAUUUUUUGUACCUUGUGCCAGUCAGCAGUUGAUGAUUAAACAUGGG